UCUUUAGACUCAGGCAAGUUUGCAUGAAACUGCAUUAUCUAUGUUUUCGCCAUAGAUAAUGGACUUCUUGAAGUCACACUGGAUAAAAGCAUCUGCUAAAAGCCAUAAAUGUAAAUGUAAUGAGACAUGUUUUUUUUUUUUUUUUUACAUUAAUUAUUUCAAUGGAAAUGAAUGUAGUGGAGUUCAACAGUUUAAGAUGUCACACUUACGAUGUGUAAGACAUUUUAAUUUGCAGUUUACAAUAUAAGCAUUCUUAAAUAAAGUGAUUUAUAAUAAAUAAAUAAAUAAAUAAAUAAAUAAAUAUCAUUGUUAUUUGGUGUUUGACCUUAAAAUUAAAAGCCUGGUAAUUUAAUUUCUGUAAGAGUGUGUUAUUCAUGUAAAAUGCAAAUUAUAGUAUAUAACUAGUCCAAAAGUCAUUACAUCUGGAACUAUGUGACAUUUUUAAGUACAUCACAUUAAGUUUUGGGAAGCACUUAUGGAUUAAAAGUUUGACAGAAGCUAGCUAGUUUGACUUUACUAAGACAAAACCGAAAAUGAUUAUACCAACUGUAAACCUGGAGUGUUCUGGCCAGUUUGCAUUCGAAGGUAUCUCAAAGGAGGACAAUUUCUUUCGAAUAAACUCACAAGAUGAAAUUAAAAUGUUUUCCUCAAAAAAGUUUCAAUAUCAGCUAUUAAUUGCAUUUUUUGUCAUGUUUUUGUGCCACCCUUAUCAAGCACGGUCCAUAUCCAGACUCCAGUGUUUCUUUAAAUUGAAGGACUAUGUAAAAAUUGCAUAUGCCAAUGGGCAGCUUACUAGCUUGUUUAGAAAAUUAAACAGAAUAUUUACUUAUAAUAUCACAUUUUCUUUGGGUAAAACUCAUGUCUCUGUAUGUACAAAAAAGAGAGACAGAGAGCCAUACAAUAUAUUACUGAACAAAAAUAUAUUCGUAUCAUAAUAUUCAUGACAGGGUCACAAGGGCACCAUAAAAGACCGUAUCUAGUGUUUUAAAAUAAACAUAUUAUAAUUCAAUAUGAACAAGAGAGCACUUCAUAGAGAUGAGAAAAUAUUAGCUCAGCAAACAGAGCACUGCCACCCCCCCUCUUCCAAAAAUUCCAAAUCUCCCAGCCUGUUGGCUGUUCUGCGGAAGUUUGUUCUGGUCUCUCCAUGUGAAAGGAUAAACUGCAGUGAGAAAUCUGUACCUGACCUGAAAAUGGAGAAAUCAAACUGCCUCCUUUUGCUCAUUCUUUCCUUUGGAUAUCUGUUUCACCUGGUAAAUGCUGUUUUUAUGGAGAAACUGGCCGACCGGAAAAUAUGUGCAGACGAGCACUGCUCAUACGUCAUCUCAGCAGCACAAGCUCUUGAGGACUACAUUGCUUCUGACUGUCGAUUCAUCAACCUGAAGAAAGGCCAGAUGAUAUAUGUUUAUUCUAAACUACAACCAGUAGAUGGUGCCGGAGUCUUCUGGUCUGGAAGUGUUUAUGGUGAGCGCUAUGUGGACCAAAUGGGUAUCAUUGGCUACUUCCCCAGUAAUCAUGUUAAUGAGACACAGAUUUUCAUGAAAAAAAAUGUUGAGAUGGCCACAACAGAAAUGGACUUCUUCUGCAUUUAAAAAGGAGAGAUGGCGUUUGGUGAAAUGCUGGAUCCUGAUUUCUUUCCAUGUACCAAUUUCUUGCAUGCAUCAUACUGGCUCAUUAAUCCCCCCCCCCCUCCAAACAAAACAACAAACAAACAAGAAAAACCCAAAUAUAUUAUAUACUUUUCUUUUCUUCAAAAUGUAAUCAAAAGCUUAUUAAACUAUGAGAUGUGGAGCAUUACCUGCAGUAUUAUACAUUAAACAACACUAUGAAAAAAAUUCUGCUUCUUAUGUCUCUUUCAAUGAGUGGUGUGUUCCUGUGUGUAUGUGUAAUAGUUUUAUGCCUGUAUAUGAUGAGACCUUGUGAUAUAAGACUCAGCCCAAUAGUUUUAAUAUCCCAACUAAGCACCACGGCAAACAGUUCAUGCUAAUCUUCAGCAAUAAGAAGCCAAUCUUAAGACACAAUAUUAAGACCUACUACAGAUAAUUUCAGUUUAAAAAAAAGAUGUUAUGGUUGAUGCCUGUGAUUGAAAGUGACAUUGUUAAAAUGAUUUAGGCCACCUGUCUGUGAAAUUGUCAGGUAAGGGAUAUUUCUGGAUAUGAAGGUCGCCGUGCUAAAGUUUAUUACUAUUGCUAUUGGGCUGCUGUGCAAUGCUGAUUCAUUUCUCAGGGGAUGUUUUUGUGCUGCGGUUAUUGAAGCUGAAUUGAAGGAAUCUCUCUCUCUCUCUCUCUCUCUCUCUCUCUCUCUCUGUCUCUCUCUUUCGCUCCCCUAUAGGGGAGCGAAAGAGAGUGUUUUAUUAGGGGAGCGGUAUUAGUGUUUUAUUAUUAG